AUGCUAUAUGAUUUGGUAGAUCCUGCUCUCGAACUUUCGGACCCUUGUCCUGACAUCCAUCUUCUUUUCAUCGAUUUCAACGACCGGUUCUUCGAAGGCGCUUUAGGCCGAUGUGAGGUAAAAUGGAGUCCGCGGAUGUUCGCAUGCGCUGGUGUAUGUUCUUACGAGACUCGUGGGGGCAUGUGCUCAAUUCGGCUCAGCCUCCCGCUCCUAAACAUCGUCCUCGCAAAGGAUCUUAUUAGAACAUUGCUA